UUCUAAGGGAAUAUAAACUCCGAUUACAACCACAAAUAUGUCAUCUAAAGUGGAGGAUUUGAGAUUUGGAUUGACCGAUUAUAGUGUAUUCAUUCUCAUGUUGAGCAUAUCGGCCAGCAUUGGAAUCUAUUUUGGCUUCUUUGCCAAGGCCAAGAAUACAACAGAGGAAUAUUUGCGGGGUGGCAAAAAGAUGCAGACACUUCCCAUUGCCAUCUCAUUGGUUUCCAGUCAACUUUCUGGCGUUGCAAUCAUGUCGAUUCCAGCUGAAAGUUAUACUUACGGCUUUAACUUUAUAUUCGCUGUGCUAGCCAUGAUUCCAACAGUGCCCAUAUUGAUAUAUAUCAUUGUGCCCGUCUUCUAUGACAACAAUGUUGUCAACUGUUAUGAGUAUCUGCAAAUGCGUUUCAAUAAACGCACUCGUCAACUGGUGACGCUGACUUUUGUGCUGAAUCAGUUUUUAAUGCUGCCCGUUUAUAUGUUCAUACCCGCCUUGGCCUUUUCACAGGUGACUGGCGUAAAUAUACACAUCAUCAAUACGAUCGUGUCAUCGAUUUGCGUUUUCUACACCAUGUUGGGUGGCAUUAAGACGGUGGUUUGGACGGAUGUGGUGCAGGCUGGCGUUAUGCUGCUCUCGGUGGUUAUGGUGGGUGUCUUGGGCACCCUGCGCUCUGGUGGCCUGAGUACUGUCCUCGAAUAUGGCACCCAAGGGGGUCGUCUUGACUUCAAUUUUGGACUGGAUCCGAGGCUACGCACCACUGUCUGGAGCAACAUAAGCAGUGGUUUACUGCUCUGGGUGGGCAAGAUUGGACUCGAUCAGAGCUGUGUCCAGCGGAUUGUCUCCCUUCCUUCGUACGCACAUGCCAAAAAAUCUCUUAUCGUGGCCGGCUUUGGAAUUCUGAUUAUAACAUUUUUCAACUCUUUCGCCGGCAUCAUAAUGUUUGCACGGUAUUUUGGAUGUGAUCCCAUGCUGGCAGGCCUGGUGAGCAAACCGGACAAAAUGAUGCCCUUCUUUAUACAGGAUAUAAUGGGUAGUCUGGUUGGCAUGCCGGGUUUGUUCAUCUCGUGUGUCUUCAGCGCCUCGCUGAGUUCCCUAUCCGCCAAUCUCAAUUCGCUGGCUGGCGUUGUCUACUUCGAUUAUAUUAAACCACACAUUCGGCACACGGAGGCCCGGGCGAAUGGAUGCAUGAAAUUGGUCAUCAUUGGGAUGGGUGGUUAUUGUAUUUUGGGUGGAUUUGUGGUGCAACGCUUCAACUCCAUAUUGCAAACGGUGUGGACAAUAACGGGCAUUAAUACCGGUGCUGUUGUUGGUAUUUUUCUACUCGGCAUGUUUGUGCCCCGUGUCAAUGGUAAGGUGGCAAUGACGAGCAUUUUGUUCAGUGUACUCGUCAUGCUCUGGAUCAUAAUCAAUGCACAGCUCAAUUUCAAAGAGGGCCUCGUCAAAUACGAAGUGUUGCCAAAUUCGUUGGAUCAGUGCGAGGCACGUGGAUUGGAUACCAUUUUCAAUGCCAUCAAUGGCACAACAAGCACAACAAUGAUGACGACGCCAGCUAAUCAGGCACCUGCAAAUGUGACAACUGCAUUUGGCAGCAAUCGCGAGUUUUCCAUCUAUGAUAUAUCAUUUUAUUGGUACAAAGUGAUGGGUGCCAUUCUUAUCUUUGUAUGGGCCGUGCCCAUGAGCUAUGUGUGGCGAAUGGAGAAGGGGGAACAACAACAACAGAAUCCCAAAUUGUAUUCACCAUUUGUGCGCAGCAUGCUGCACCCAGCCGUCGAGAAGGAAAUGGAGGAGCUGCCGUUGAAGGGGCAAGAAAUUCAAAAUGGUGUUGCAUAGUUUGGCUUAAGUUAAGUUAAGCUCUAAUAUAAUGAAAUUAUUUAGUUAAAUUUAAGACAGCGUUGUCAUCUCUCUUUUGCAUUUUUAAAAGAUUUUAUUUACAAAA